CGGCUCAGGGUCCUGCGGCAGGCCAGGAUUAACUAAACCCGGCUGAUCCUCUCAGGAUCCCCAGACAGGCCAGGAUUAACUAAACCCGGCUGAUCCUCUCAGGAUCCCCAGGCAGGCCAGGAUUAACUAAACCCGGCUGCCCCUCUGGUUGGUGCCGAGCUCGCUCGGGUCGGGCUCAGGGUCCGUCCCCGUGUCUGUGCCCCAGACCUAAUGAAGGGCAAUUAGGGAGAGUUGCUAAUUGAUAAGAAAUGAAUCGUUGCCCCCUCCGAGCCCAACUAACCCCCCCGGGGGGUUUCCAGGGCGGGGCUCCCCCUCCAGCCCCCGGGGAAGGGCUGCAGGACCCCCCCCGGGUUCAGCUGCAGAGGCUGAAGCCCCUCCGAGGCUCCCUGGGGGGGUUUAAGUGACCCUUAAACCGCGCCCAGAGCUCGGCCCAAGCAGCCCCACGGCAGGGCCAGGGGCAGAUCCGGAGCGGGAGAUCCCGGGAUCACUCAGGGAUCACUCGGGGAUCACUCGGGGAUCACUCGGGGAUCACUCAGGGAUCACCCCUGGGAUGGGCAGGAUUCCACCUCCGGGCCUUUGGGGAGGACAGGGCUGGGUUCGGGGAUGUUAAGGCUGGUUUUAGGGAGGAUAGGGCUGGUUUUAGGGAUGAUAGGUCUGGAUUUAGAGAGGACAAAUCUGAAUUUAGGGAUAAUAGAUCUGUUUUUUGGGAGGAUAGGGCUGGUUUUAGGGAGGAUAGGGCUGGAUUUAGGGAUGAUAAGUCUGGUUUUGGGGAGGAUAGGUCUGGCUUUAGGGAUGUUAGGGCUGGUUUCAGAGAAGGAGGACACAGUGACUGGAGAAGGAUGCAGCCACUGGAAAAGGACCCAGGGUUGGAACAGGAGGACGAAGGGACUGGAGAAGGAUCUGGGAUUGGAAUGAAAGGACACAGGGACUGGAGAAGGACCCAGGACUGGAAUGAGAGGACGAAGGGACUGGAGAAGGACCCAGGACUGGAACAGGAGGACACAGAAACUCGAGAAGGAAGGGCCGGGGAGGGAGCGGGAACCGCCGGUGCCUCCACAUUCCAGGGGAGCUGCGGAGGGAAGGAGGGACGGGCCGGGGCGGGAGCGGGAGCUCAUCCCGGCGCUGUGUCCGGGUGACAUCAGCGGGCCCGCCCGGCCCGGCCCGGGCACCUCCCGCCGCUGGAAUUCCCUCCCCGCCCGCCUCAAUUCCCACCCUCGGCUCCGCCGCUCCCUCCCCUCCCAAAUCCAUCCCUCCCCUCCCAAAUCCAUCCCUCCCUCGCGUUGUUUUCCCCCUUUUCCCCCCCGUCCGUCCCGUCCCGUCCCGGGGCAGGAGCCGCGUCCCGGCUCAUGACGAACCCGAGCUCAGCCUUCGCGGGGGGGUCCCUGAGCUCGGCCCAGGGCAUGAGCCGGGCUCGGACCCCCGAGGGUGCCCCCCGGCCCCCCCUGGGCACGGCCGGGCCGCUCCGGGGGCCCCCCCCGAGCCUGGACGUGGAUCCGGAGCUGCAGGAGCUGCGGCGGCAGGAGAAGGACGAGAUCAAAGCGCUCAACAACCAGUUCGUGACGCUCAUCGAGAAGGUGCAGGACCUGGAGCAGCAGAACAAGGUGCUGACCACGAGGUGGAACUUCCUGAAGGAACAGGACAAUUCCCAGUCGGACGCCGACGUCCGGGCCAUCUACGAGCAGUUCAUGGGCAGGAUGAGCCAGGAGAGGAAGGCCCUGAGCCUGGAGCAGGAAAACCUGGAGCGGGAGCUGGAGAAGGUGCUCGGCACCAUGGACGCCUUCCGCAGCAAGUACGAGGAUGAAAUCCGGCUCUGCAGCGGGAUGGAAUUCACCUUCAUGGAGCUCAAAAAGGACCUGGACGUGAGCACCCUGCACCGCACCGAGCUGGAGGUGAAGCUCAAGGGGCUCCAGGAGCUGAUGGAGCUCAAGAAAUCCAUCUACGAGCAGGAGCUGCAGGAGCUGCUGUCGGAGCUCAAGGACAUCCAGGUGGUUCUGGGCAUCGACCCCUCGUGCCCCAUGGACCUGUCCCGGGUCGUGGAGGACGUCCGGGCCCAGUACGAGAGCCUGGCCCGGCACAGCUGGGUCGAGGCAGAGGCCCUGUCCAGGAGGAAGCUGAGCGAGGGCCAUUCCCAGGCCGGGACGUUCGGGGGGCACCUCCUGGAGAGCCGGAGGGAGAUCGCGGAGCUCAACAUCCGCAUCCAGAAACUGCGCUCGGGAAUCGUGUCCCAGCGCAGCCAGUGCCUGUUCCUGGAGGAGCACAUCCGGGAGGCGGGCGAGCAGGGGGACGCGGCGCUGCGGGACGCCAAGGCCAAGCUGGCGGGGCUGGAGGAGGCCCUGCAGAGGAGCAAGGAGCGCGUGGCCCAGCUGGUCAAGGAGCACCAGGAGCUCAUGAACAUCAAACUGGCCCUGGACGUGGAGAUCCUCACCUACAGGAAGCUCAUGGAAGGAGAGGAGAGCAGCCUGGAGCAGCCCAUCCCCGCCGUCAUCAGCGCCGUCCGCUCCCGGCCCCGGCCCCUCUCCGCCAGUGCCCGGUGCCAUUCCCGGCUUUUUGCCGGAGCGGGGCAGGGAAUUCCCGGCUCUUCACCCAACGGAGGUGGCACAAAGACCCUCCGGGGGGCCCAGUGACCCCCCCGGGGACCUCCCGGGCUCGGAUUCCACCUGGGAAGAUCCUCGAUGGGAACAGGGAAGCACCUGGAAACACCUGGAAACACCUGGAAAGCCGUUGGUCCCACAUUCCGGCCUCCCGAGGGAAGAGGAUCCCGCGGGUCCCUGUCCCCACCCCCAACCCCCCUCCAGCAGAACCCACACGGGACCUCCGGGAAUGUCCCAUUCCCAUCCCAGGACCUCCGGGACUCUCCCAUUCCCAUUCCCGUUCCAAGACCUCUGGGACUCUCCCAUUCCCAUUCCCAUUUCAGGACCUCCGGGACUCUCCCAUUCCCAUUCCCAUUCCCAUUCCCAUUCCCAUUCCCAUUCCCAUUCCCAUUCCCAUCCCAGGACCUCCAGGACUCUCCCCUUCCCAUCCCAUCCCCUCUUUCCCGGGGGAUUUGCAGCCGCCCUGGGAAUGUCCUGGGGGAGGAGGGGGAGGGUCCCUGCCCCCCUUUGUCCCUUUCCCGGUGUCCCCAACCCCUCCUCCCGCUCCCAGGGGUGUUCCCUGCCGUGGCUUUCCAAGGAAAACACCGUCCAGCUUUCCCAGCCGUCGGGAAUUGCCCUCCCAGGGGGAUUUGUCCCCCCUGGAUUCCCGGCUCCGGACAAUCCUCGGCUGCUCCAGCCCUUGGGAGGCCCCUCAUCCCUUCCCUCCGGAGCUGAAAUCCUCCCAGCUGGGAUUUGGGAUUUUCCUGCUCCUUCUCCCUCUCCAGGUGCUCCAGACCCCACACACCGUCCAAAAAUUGGGAUAUCGGUUCCCAUUUAGCAGGAAUUCCGAAAACCUCGGGAAGGGUUGGGUUGGGAGGGACCUUAAGGGCCCUCAAAGCUCCUCCCAUCCCACCUUUCCGUGGGCAGGGACAUUUUCCACCCUCCCAGGGGGCCUUGGACGCUCCCAAGGGAUGGGGAAUCCUCUGGGAAAUCCAUUCCCACCCUCCCGGGGAGGAAUUCCUUCCUCAAAUCCAAUCCAGAGCUCCCCAAAAAGCUGGAAAACCCCCCCAUGUUUGUAUUUAUUGAUCUUCCCCCAGGAUUGGCCCUUCCCUGGAUCCCACCCCGGCCCAUCCCGAGGCUCCAAAGCUCCUGGAGCUCCCUGGAGGUGCCACAUUCCCACCCCGGGUCGGUUUGGGGACCUUCCCGUGGCCUCUGGCACAGCCCAUCCCAACAUCCCGCAGGAUUUUCCCUUCCCGGCUCCAGCCAAGCAGCCCCCUGGAAUUCCCGGAUUCCCGCCCGCAUUCCCACAUCCCUGUUCCCGCAGCUCCCCUUCCUUGGGGUCAGGGCUCUUCCAAUAAAGUUCCGUCCCCCCAAA